GAGCACCUGGAAAUCAGUCAUCGGCCGGGCUCUGUAGCCUGCUGUAGAGCGCUAACCAAACGUUAGCAAUGCGGACGGGGAAACGGGAAAUAAUACGCUUUAAAAAAAAAUAAUACAUUUUAUAACCCGAUGUGUUGGGGGCUUGUAGGGCUUUAAGACCGCGCGCGCCUUCAUUUUCUGACUUUUUUUGGGGUCUGGAAUCAGGAGAGAAACGGGAUAUAUCCUGAGCUGGGGCCCAUAGUGUCAGGAUAGUUCCUGAGAAAACGCUUACCCACAUCCGUGUGCCUCAGCCCCAGUGUUAUGAAAUAGGAGAAAUAAAAUAAUGAAUGCUUGAUUUGAAGCUUAUUUCGCCACCAACUAUUUUUCUAGGUCUCUAUCCCCCUCCCAUUAUCGCGUACUUGCUAUGGUGGACUCCAACGCGACGAGGAAGACUUUUGUAGUCCCGGACAUAAAACCUUUGGAUCUGUAUGAUUGUACCAGGGCAAAAAUAUGCGCAAGUGUGGGAUGGCUCUUGGCUAAAUCUUACGGCAAUGCAGAGCAUGUUCCAGUGGAGUUGCGGGAGCUCUUCUACUGUGACCAGUAUGAGCAGGAGCACCUGAAGCCCCCCGUCACACGCCUCCUGCUCUCCUCUGAACUCUACUGCCGCACCUACGGUCUGCUGCAGGGGGACCAGGGGGGACCAGGGGCCCCAAAAGACAACGCCACCCUGCUGCAGCUCCUCGCCAACAGGGGCGUGGCCCCCAAAGAUCAAGACGUCCCCGUGUCUGACGUGGACCUCCGGCAUAAACCAAUCAAAAUGAGUGCCCACCUGGCGGUGAUGGAUGCCCUGAUGUCGUUGGGCGCCAUGGAGAUGGUGAGCGCAGUGAGGAUGUCUGGUGCGGCGGCAGGGGAGGAGCUUCUGGGUGGAGUGGGAGGAGCCAGCUGGGAGAACACCCUUCUCCACUGGGUGAACGGGUUGAAUCAGAGGCUGAGAGAGAAAACAGAGGGUGCGCAGGGUGACCCAUCUCAGGACAGCACAGAGCCACAGCCUGUUCAGCCUUCGUGUCCCACUUGCUGGUACUGGAAACUUGUCCCUAUCCGCUACAGAACGGAUAAGACGCUGUCUAAACAGAAGCCUACGUUUCCGGUGGUGACUGAAGUCAAAGACCUCUCCAACGGUUGUGCCAUCGCUGCUAUUAUACACUACUACUGCCCCAGCCUGUUGCGACUAGAGGAUGUGUGUAUGAAGGAGUCCAUGGCGGUGGCAGACAGCCUGUACAACCUGCAGCUGAUCCGAGAGUUCUGUGACAGCUGUCUGAAGAGCUGCUGCCCCCUGGUGUUGGAGGACCUGCUCUACACCCCACAGGAGCUCCAGGUCAACAUGAUGAGUUUCCUAGCAGAGCUGCUGGGUUGGUUUGAGGUACGGAGGCCAGAGUUUGUUCAGCCUCUGAACACCACUGAUGCUUCUGCACUGCUCAAGCCAACCAGUUUGAGCAAUAAUAGCGGCUCGCCUUCCAUCUUCAAGAAGCCAUUCCUGCCCAUCUCCUCACCAGUGUCGCCAGGGCCUGCGCCAUCCCAUCAUUUAGGAUAUCUGACUCAGUCUGCCUCCAUGUCUCAUGUAGAGGGAGCUGGGAGAACAUGGACCAAGAAGCCUUUCAGUCGUACCCUGUCCUCAGCCGUGUCAUUUAGCAUUCCCUUCGGCCUGGACAGCGACGUGGACGUCGUGAUGGGCGGAGCCAUCACCCGCUCGGUCAGCUCUGACAACGUGGCCCCCAGCCAGACUGUGACCUGCGUGCCCUACACCCCCCCAGAGGACCUUAGCCACCUGCUCAGCAAGCCCCCUGGCUCCCACAGAGGCUCCUGGGCCACCCAGAGCUCCUCUGUGGUGCCCAUGCUGCUGAAGGAGAACGGCCUGGGAGAGGGGGACGGGGACGGGGAGCUGCCCACCAUCGAGGAGGCCCUGCAGAUCAUCCACAACGAGGGCAAGAUGGAGCCCCGGCUCCACCCCGAUGGGGCGGCCGACGGAUUCUUCCUGCACUCGCCCGAUGACCCGGCCAGCGCCAGACACAACGGCCGCGCCGCUCACCCCUCCCACCCGCCUAACCCCAUACCCCUCAGCUGCUCCGCCCCAUCCCGCUCUGGGAUGAUGUACCACCCCCACCUCCCCAUGGGGGGCAAGACGCAGCCACCCAGGGAGCAGCCCUCCUUCUCCCGUACCCGACACACCUCGGAGGGCUCGCGGGACGACGACUCGGUGCUGAGGGACGGGAGCAUGGACUCUGACGCCUCUGAGGACCUCCUUCUCCUUCCUAAUGGCCAGUCCACGCCUGCUGUCCACACCAGAGGCCGUGGAGGGGACAACGACGCGCUGGACAGUGGCGUGGGGAUGACCAGCUUUGCUGAGCUCAAGAAGAAACCGUCGACAGUGGGCGAAUCACCUAAAAGUGGCGGCGCCAGCAGCAGCGAACCCGUCGCCUCGGCAGCAACGGCUCCGAUGACCAGCUGGGUGGACCAGCCCCAGAAGUCGAAAGAGGAGAGCCCCAAUAAGCGCCCUGGACUGACCACCGAGAUGUCCGAGCUGGGAGCCCGGCUGGAGGAGAAGAGGAAGGCCAUCGAGGCCCAGAAGAAACGUAUUGAGGCCAUCUUUGCCAAGCACCGUCAGAGACUGGGCAAGAGCGCCUUCCUGCAGUUGAAGAAGGAGCAGGGAGAGGGGGAGAGAGAGGAGGAGGGCGGUCAAAUCAGCACCUCCGCCACAGAAGAGGACCUCAGGGGGCUGACGCUAGAGGAAAGGUUGUCUCGCGUGGAGGACGAGGAGCAGCAGGAGGCGCAGCAGCAAGAGAACCGGCGCCCCUCAGUGGAGCAGGAGGGGAACGUCAAACCUUCAUCACACCUGGACAACAAGCAAGCCUCCUUACCCAGAAGGGAGAAGGGUGCAGGGGCGGCAGGGCCAGGAGGAGAACAGGUUGGGGUGGUAGGGCAUCAGCCAGCGCCCUUGGGGGAUUACAACAACGCCGUAUCAAAGCUGAACACGGCACUAAGCUCCCUGCAGAGCGACAUGCAGCGCCUCUCCGAACAACAGAACCAACUCAUCAGGAAGAAGCCCGUCGCUCCCUCCAGCAACAAGUCCUGGGCGAUUUUGCCCAGUCUCAAAUCCUCGGCCCCUCCCUCGACCCGCAUGUCCCGCGCGUCCACCCUCCGUGACCUUUCCUCUGUCUCCUCUUCCCCCUCGUCACCCCGCCACAACGCCACCAGUCCCACCAGAACAUCCAAGUCGCCCCAGGUCCAGCGCCGGGCCCAGUCGGUGCCUCCCAAGAGCCCCAAGCACCAGGCCACCCACUACUACCACGCCCGCCCUCAGGACCUCAAAGUGCCGGGCCUGUCGCGCGUGCUCACCCCCCCUCAGAAUGUGGACACUAUCCCCCACCUGCGCCGCGCCUCCCCCUGGCAGUGUCGGGACCAGAACUCUUCCACCUUCAACAUCAGCUCUGCCCCCAGCCCUUCCUCCGCCCCAACCCCCACCCCCCGGGCCCUGUCGCUGGCCCUAGAUGACAACAUGUCGGACGCCGGCUCAAGCGAGGACCAGAGCAUCUUCAGCAUCAACCUGGAUACCACCACAUCUCAGGCCUCGGGGAGAAAGGAGCGUGUGGGUUGUGGGAGCUCUGGGGCGCCCUCAGAGUGCUCGUUUGAGAGUGAUGUUCCGGCGGCGGGGGUGUUUAAUGGCAAGCGCAGCAGCCUGAUCGAGAUUUCUCUAUCGGCCUUGCGCGGGGACGAGGAUGACCUGAGUGUCAUGGACAACUCCAUGAGCGAUGUGACUGAACACGAGAUGAAGGGAGGGGUCGGCUUCUUCUUUAAGGAUGGCAAGGUGCGGCCGGAGGAUGAAAUGGCCCAGAGGAAAGCAGCCCUGAUGGAGAAACAGCAGAAGAGGGCGGAGGAAAUGAAGAGACGCAGACUGGAUCAGGAGGAGAAGAGCCAGAAAGAGCAUGCGAUCCGACCUGAGUGGUUUAACAUCGAGGGCUGGGGAGACAAGAGUGGAGGUGAGGACCAGCCCCGGACCCCCGGUACCCCCUCUUCGGAUUGCACGACCCAGCGGAGAGACACCUUCACCAGGCAGGAGUACGAGCGGAGGCAGCAGCUGAAGAUCAUGGAGGAUCUGGACAAGGUGUUGCGGCAGAAGCCCACCACGGUGCGUGGCGUGAAGAAGCAGAGACCCAGGACCAUGUUCCGGGAUGACUCUGUGCUUUCCCGCAGCCCCACCAAGGGAUUAAUGGGUUCCAAACUCAACAAGGUCUAUUCCCACUCUACCAUGAACCUGUCCUCAAUGGCUAACGACACUGGCAACAGCGGGACACUGGCCGUCAGGAAAUCUCCCAGCCGAUCUCACUCCCCCUCAAGGCUGAUGUCACCAGGACGAAUGGCCAUUCAGAACGGAGAGAAGGACUGGGAGAACGCCUCCACGGCCUCGUCUCCCGCCUCCAUUCCAGAAUACACCGGGCCCAAGCUGUACAAGGAGCCCAGCUUCAAGUCCAACAAGUUCAUCAUCCACAACGCCAUCUCCCGCUGCUGCCUUGCCGGCAAGGUUAACGAACAGCAGAAAAACAAGAUUGUAGAGGAGAUGGAGAAGUGCCAGGCCAACCACUUCCUCAUCCUCUUCCGUGACUCCAGCUGUCAGUUCCGGGCCAUCUACACCAUGAACCCAGAGAUCGAGGAGAUGGUGCGCCUAACGGGCAUCGGGCCUCGUGUCAUCAGCCCUGCCAUGGUGGAGUCCAUAUACAAGUAUAGUUCGGACCGCAAACAGUUCACCACCAUCCCAUCCAAGACCAUGUCAAUGAGCGUCGAUGCCUUCACCAUCCCCGGGCACCUGUGGCAGAGCAAGCGCCCGGGGACCCCCAAGAAGCUGGGGACCCCCAACUAAUAAUGAGAACAUCUCAAUGAUGGAGGUGGUGAUGGGCGGGAGAGGAAUGAGGUGGACGUAUCUAAAUCAGGGGCCCCUCUUCCCCCAGUCAACCCCCUCCUUUCUCUUAUAUUGGUUUGGUCUGUUGAUUUGGAGACUGCUUUAGCUCAGUAGGCUGGUCAGUUAGACCGCCGGAGGGAUCUGAAAGGAAUAAAUGACACUGGUGCCUAUACAAACCGCCUGUCCAACCGAAUGGUCUCUGCCCCUUUAAGACCAACCUGGGUCGUAUUCACUGGGAAGCAAACGGACCAAAACAGGGAGGGACUACCUGAAUGUGUCCAAUAAGAAACACUUGUUUUUCGUUGCAAAAUGUUUUGCUACGGUGUGCACUAAUGAAUGUGACCCUUAUCAGCUCUGUGUAUGGGAGAUAUUGGUACAUGUCAUGUGACAAGGGGGCAAGCUAAUCACUAAUACUAAAGCCAUUCAUAGGGCUCUAUCUGUCACACACUACACCCAGUAGGGGCCUCUGAUUGCCCCCCCCAGCCUGAUCUACCUAGAUUGUAAAAUAAUAAUAAUAAUGUUGUGAUAGGACUGGAAUGAACAAGGCUUCUUCCCACCGUACUGGGCCUAUCUCUCACAGGGCCUGGCUCCCCCAGCCUCUUACUGCCUUCCCUUCUCCCCCCUGACCCUGCCUGCCUUCCCACUGCCUCCCCUUGACUAACCCCGUCCACAGUCAUCCAUUGUGACCUUAAACACUCGGUGGUGAGCGUGAGAGGGAACAUCUCACACACUGCCGCAGCUCGGGGGGCGGGGGGGGGGG